CUGGUAGGAACGGACACGUUCUUAUUCUCCUUUAAUCGCACUACAGCUUUGUGAGAUUAUAUAUACACAGAUAUAUAAAAGCGACUGGAGAUAUUUGAACAAAUCGGUUCUCAAACCCUUUCAAGUUCAAUUUGUCAUUUGCUAUCUAGCAACGCUUAAUCAUGCUGGUACGUAAAGUCACUCAAAAUGCAGCGCUGUGCAACGCUGUGCUUCGCCUACCACAAUCCGUGUCAGGGGCACAACGCCAUGCAGGAGCUGUUGUAGCUGUACAACGUCUGCGUCCUUAUGUUAGCCAAAGUGCUGAGGCGGUGUUGGAGAAGUCCGCAGCCGCCACUGAUGUCGCCACCAAGGCUGGAGGAGUGGACAAGAAGGCUGCCAGUGUGGAGUCAAAAUCCUUUGCUGUGAACAUGUUUAAAGGGCAGAUCAGUACCUCACAGGUGUUCCCCUUUCCCACAGUACUGAAUGAGGAGCAGUCUGAGUUUCUCAGGGAUCUGGUGGGACCUUGUUCGAAGUUCUUUGACGAGGUAAAUGACCCUGCCCUGAAUGAUCAACUGGAGAUGGUAGAGGAAAAAACCUUGGAGGGGCUGAAGGAGAUGGGAGCUUUUGGCCUGCAGGUUCCUGCUGAUCUGGGUGGCGUGGGCCUCAACAACACACAGUAUGCCAGGCUGGUGGAGAUUGUGGGCAUGCAUGACCUGGGUGUGGGCAUCACUCUUGGAGCGCACCAGUCCAUCGGCUUUAAGGGCAUUCUCCUCUUCGGCAACAAGCAACAGAAAGAGAAGUACCUUCCCAAGCUGGCCUCAGGUGAAACAAUCGCUGCAUAUUGUCUGACUGAGCCAUCUAGUGGUUCGGAUGCUGCCUCUAUCAGGUCCGUUGCUGUUCCCUCACCCUGUGGAAAGUACUUCACCCUCAGUGGAAGUAAAAUUUGGAUCAGUAAUGGAGGCCUGGCUGAAAUCUUUACUGUAUUUGCUAAGACUCCAGUGAAAGAUGAGAAAACUGGAGAAGUGAAGGACAAGAUCACUGCAUUCAUUGUUGAAAAAAGCUUCGGAGGAGUCUCACAUGGCCCUGCCGAGAAGAAGAUGGGCAUCAAGGCCUCAAACACAGCAGAGGUGUACUUUGAGAACGUGCGUGUUCCGGCCGAGUGUGUACUGGGAGAAAUCGGUGGAGGAUUUAAGGUGGCCAUGAAUAUCCUUAACAACGGGCGCUUUGGCAUGGCUGCAGCACUCUCAGGAACCAUGAAGGGUGUUCUCGCUAAAGCGGUGGACCACGCUGCCAACAGAACACAGUUUGGUAACAAAAUCCACAACUACGGAGUCAUACAGGAGAAAAUGGCCAGAAUGGCCAUGAUGCAGUAUGUUACAGAGUCUAUGGCCUACAUGGUCAGUGGAAACAUGGACAGUGGAGCAACAGAUUUCCAGAUCGAGGCUGCGAUCAGUAAAAUCUUUGCCUCUGAAGCAGCAUGGACUGUGACAGAUGAGUGUAUUCAGAUUAUGGGUGGAAUGGGUUAUAUGAAGGACGCUGGUGUCGAGAGGGUCAUGCGAGACCUGCGAAUCUUCCGUAUCUUUGAGGGCACCAACGAUAUUCUGCGACUCUUUGUGGCGCUCAACGGCUUCCAGAAUGCAGGAAAUCAACUGAAGAACUUAGAAAAGGCUCUGAAAAGUCCAUUCAGCAAUGCCGGUUUGUUGGCUGGGGAGAUCACCAAACGUGCCAAAAGGAAGGCUGGCAUGGGUACAGGCCUCACGCUGCAGGGAAGUGUCCAUCCAGAACUGGCCCAUAGUGGUGCUCUUGCGGUUAAAGCCAUCGAGCAGUUUGGAGAGGUGAUUGAAGAACUGCUUCUAAAGCAUGGCAAGAGGAUCAUUGAUGAGCAGUUUGUGCUGAAAAGAGUUGCAGACUGUGCGAUUGACUUGUAUGCUAUGGUUGUGGUGCUCUCCAGGGCUUCCAGGUCUUUGAGUCAGGGUCACUCAUCUGCUCAGCAUGAGAAGAUGCUGUGUGAAACCUGGUGCACUGAGGCUCAUGAGAGAAUCACGCAGGACAUCAAGUUCUUGCGGUCAGGUACAUCUAAGCAGAUCUUCAAGAACCUGCGUGCCAUUUCUGCAGCUGUGGUAGAGAACGGAGGGGUGGUUUCUCCUCAUCCCUUGGGCUUUUAAAAAUCACUUUCCUCUUUCUCUUACUGCCAUCAGCCAGUCGUAAUCUAACCACCUUUUAGACAUAAGAUUUCAUAUGACUUUCAUAUGACCGCUCAUUGCUGUCAAGUUGGGUGAGUGGAGGUAAUUGUACAACUGUAAGACUUGCCAGUACCAGUCAGUAAAGUUCAUUGCUGAUCCAAUUUUUAUAUAUAUAUAUAUAUAUAUAUAUAUAUAUAUAUAUAUAUAUAUAUAUAUAUAUAUAUAUAUAUAUAUAUAUAUAUAUAUAUAUAUAUAUAUAUAUAUAUAUAUAUAUAUACACUAAUAAAAAUUGGAUUGGCAAUGAUGGCAGCAAGUAAGUUUAUACGCAGGUGUAUAUGCAGGAAAAUGUUUGUAAGUGUUUUGUUGUCUGUAAUUGGUUGAUAUAGUACAUGAGAUGUUCACUGAUUUGAAAACUAAAUGCUAGUUGUUGGUCUUUUUAAAAAAAAAAAAAAACAAACACAACAUGAACUUGGACCCACAUCUGGACUCUUUCUGGUGGUGUUAAUUUCUCGUUGUAUCAAAGGGAUUUAAACUGAAAAACACUUCCGGUGUCAUUAUUUGUAUAGCUAGCUUUGGCCUGAUUCAACAUUGUUUUUCCAUCAUCAAUACACAGUACAUAAUGCUUUAUCUUUUGAAAUCAACAGUCAGUCUGCCUUUCACUUUUUAAUUUCAUGUUUUAAGGGUUUCUAUUAUUUGGAUAGUGAAUGUCGCUUGAAGCAUUCUUGCCAUCAAAGGGUUAGAAAAAUUAGCAGGAAAUCAUUUGGGUGUUUUUGUACUCAGUUUAUCACAUCCUUAAUUGCUGUACUGAGGUAUUGAAAUGUAACUGUAACAGUGUAAUAUUUAUUUAGUAGAUUGUGGAUUUCAUUCCCACAAUUCUGUGCAUGUAGCAUUUUCUGUUCCUCUUGUACACAAUGGCUGCAGAUCAGCAUAUCUGUGAAAUCAGGUGUAGGCCUUAAUUAUACUCACUGUCUGUUUCUGUUCACCACAGAAAUUGCAGAACUUGAGCAACAUGUUUAUUACAAAAUAAGGAUUAUACACACAUGUAUACAAUUGAUCAGUGCCUGCAAUUCAUAAUGCAAUUACAGUAAAUUAAGAUUUGUUUUGACUAAACAAAUGUCAUGAGCUCUCUGUAGAAUGAUUGUACCAUGUACCAGAGGCUUCUGGUUAAAAAUAAAUAAACUUGACAAUUAAAUAAACAAGAACUACGA